AUGAAUACGGACCUUAUGGACAGGAUCUCCUACGAUGCGGAGUUGAUCGCCACCAAAGUAAAGCCAUUCGUCAGCGCCCACCAGUCUUCCCUCAGCCUGCUUGCCGAGGUCACUCGUAACGGCUCUCUUGACGCGAACGGCCAGUACCACCAUGCCAUCUCAUCGGCUUUGGAAGCCGUAGGAAAAUUCCUCCAUUUCAGCACCACUCUUAUGAUUCUCAUUGCCAUGAAGAAAGAUCCCGACGAUCUUCCUGUUGAGUGGACCGAACAGCGCAUUCAAACCGACAUUGGCAAAGCUCAAGCCGCUAUCGAGGGCCUAGAGCACACCGCCAAAAUUGAGCAUGCCCUCAGGGUUCAGAAUUACCUCUUUAAGUCUGGUAGACUCGAUAACUCCAACUUCCGCCUCAGCGCCAUUAUCGUUAUGUUGUCGGCCAUGUGGGCUUGGACGCACGACGACCAGCGCGACCCUGAUAUUCCUGGUGUGGACUUCGGCAUGGCUCCUUUUAUCCAUGUCUCUCUCGACUUUCUCGGCCGGCCGCAGUACCUCGAUGGUAAUGAUUGGAUAGGAAUGGACGAGGCUCCUCUUGCCAAGAUGCCAGGAAGCAACUGGGGCCUCUUCUUUCGCGAGCCAGGCCUGCCCUACUUUCACAACGAAGUCCUGGACACUAUGACCCUCACCAUUCCCCAUGAAGGCCUCCUCUUGAUCGAGAAUACCGUGGAGACCUAUACGAGCGUCGCCCGCCAGCUCAAGCGUGUCAAUCAGUUGCUCAAGCGGACUCCCAAGCACAAGAAGGCAGCGGAGGAGUUCCACCAGGCAUUCGGCAGUCCUUUCUCCAAGGCAGAGCCCAUUUCUCAGACCUACAUUACCUACGACUAUUCUGAGAUCUGGACCGGAAGCCUUAGCGGCCUCAAGAAUAUCUCCACGCAGGACGAGACGGGCUGCUAUAGGGCUGGCUUCAUCACUCACAUGGUUGCUCAUGUAAUGAACCCGGAGAUGCCGCUCGGUCACUACGAGACUCUGCAGACUCAUCUUGAGCUUACCUUCGCCAUCCCAAGAGAUGAGUAG